UCUAAAGACAAAAGUAGCAUGGGACAUGGAGACUACUAAACAAUUUAUCCAAGCAUGUUUAGAUCAAGUUGCUAAACAGCAACGUAAUGGAACCACUCUUACAAAAAAAGGUUGGAAGGAUGCUUUGUCUCAAUUUAAUGAAAAAACUGGAAAACAAUAUGAUAAGAUUCAAUUAAAAAAUAAGUGGGACAAUCUUAAGAAGGAAUGGUCAGCAUGGUACAAGCUUUUUGGCAAAGAAACGGGUUUAGGAUGGGAUUAUACUAAACAUACCGUUGAUGCACCAAAUGAAUGGUGGGAGAGAAAAUAAUUGGUACGUAGUAACUUAUUAUUAAAGCAAAAAUUUUAACUUUAAUUUUGGUAACAAGUCUUGUGUUGAUUAGUUGUACACAUGCAGGAAAAUCCCUUAUAUGGAAAAUUCAGAAAUAAAGGACUUCCUUUUAAAGAUGAGUUAACUAUAUUAUUUAAAGAUGUUAUGGCCGAUGGCAAAUUUGCUUGGGCUCCCUCAUCUGGGAUGUUACCUAGUGGCAUAGAAGAAUAUGGUGAUGGAUAUCGACCAUACUUUGAGGAAGGUCAUGUUGAUAUAGAAGAAGGUUCCGGAGAUAGUGAAGAAGGUAUAGGUGCUAGUGUGGGAGUUAAUUCUGAAUUUCAACAUAUAAAUCUUAGCUCAUCUCAAGAAAAUAAUAGUCAAAAGAGUACGGGAAAAAGAAAGAAAGAUGUGGUUUGUGAAACAACAAAACAGAAGAAAAAUUUUAAAGUCCCUGCCUCAAAGCAAAUUGCGGAUGCAAUAAGUAGAAUUGCCUAUGCAUCUGAAUCACGCUCAACUAUUGUGUCCACAUUUCUAGUACCAGGUGCAUCUAUUGGGGAAGUAAUGGCUGAGAUUCAAAAGAUGGAAAUGAUCACUAGUGAUCCUGAUUUUUAUAGUCGUUGUUGUCAACUAAUGAUGUUUAAGCCUGCUAGAGAAAUGUUUGUAUCCUUAAAAGGAUAUGAGCAAAGAUUGUUGGAUUGGCUCAAACAUGCAGCAUAUAAUCCACUACCAUUCAUGUAAAAUUAAUAUUUUUUUUUGUGAUUUUCAUGCAAAACUAGUUAAGUUAUUAUUGUACUCCAUUUUAAUUUGUCCAUGAA